GUUCUCUUUUUUUAAGAUUGAAUUGCAUUCUAUUCUGGCAUCUUGCUUGGACUCUCGCUCUUGCUCCCUUGCAUGCAUGGAAUUGGCACCUUUAUCAUCAUCUUUCUAAUCAAUCGGCUGCUACAACAGAGAAACUGCCAACGUUUGGUAUUUGCAAGAAGCUACCGGUAGCUAGCUAGCUAGAGGACCAUGAGAAGCAUGAAGUUCAGUCGAAUGGCAGGUGCCCUGCUGCAGAGAACCAGUCGCAAUAAUGGUACUGGUAGCCGCACUAGUACUUCCAGUGGGUCAAAAUUGUUCCUGUCUACUGCCUCCACUCAGUCCGACCGAGCAACUAACUUCUGGGUAGCAGCGGUGGGAAGUUGUGUGGCAUAUCACCUAUAUGACAAGCAAAGCAGAACUAGUACCUUGAUGGAAAAGAGACAAGACGACAAUGAUAAUCCAGAGACUCGACCCUGGUACCGACGCUACCCCACUUUGACUUUGGAACGAAUGCGAGGCAGUGUCAGCAGCAGCACUUCCAGCAACAGUUCCACAACAACAACAACAAACAACGCCGCACCUCUUGACAAUCGGACUCAGUUUUAUGGACAAUGCCUCCAACGUCAGCUCUACCAACCGCCCGCCCCGUAUCCAGCCUGGGUCUAUGAUUGGGAUGGCAAAAUGAAUGACAGUUGUACCAAGGAAGCCCUGUCGACCGCCCAAGGAUUGCAAAAAUCCAGUUGCACCGGGACCACACGACACAUACUACUGGUGCGACAUGGACAAUACGAAGAAGCACCCUUUGACGAUCGCAAACGAUGUCUCACGGCAUUGGGGCGAAAACAGGCACAACUCACGGGAAAACGCUUGGCUACGUUGGUACAACAAAUUGCGCAGAGUAAAAAAAUCAAGGCUCAUGUCCAUGCCAUUUAUACCAGUGACAUGCUACGGGCCAAACAAACUGCAUGGAUCAUGGCACAAGCCAUGCCCGAUAAUAUACCCAUUCGGGAUCCCGAUCCCGAUCUGAAUGAAGGAUUACCGGCACCCAUGAUUCCACCGCGACCCGAUUUGCCCGGGGUCGAGGAAGAAGUCGAUGCUCAACAAGAACGUAUGGAACGGGUCUUUCGCAAAUACUUUUAUCGGGCAGAUCCCUCGCCACAAUUCUUGCAAGCAUGGAAGGAUAAUGCAGCAGCGGCACGCAAUCAAAAUCAUACACAAGAUUACAAUAUCAGUCCCUCUGGUACCGUCGUACCCAUUGAAAAAGCACCCAAACAACAACAACCACCCAAACCAAUGUCGCGAUUGCCACCACCGGAUCACGAAUUUGAUAUUAUUGUGUGCCAUGGCAAUGUCAUUCGAUACUUUUUGUGCCGGGCAUUGCAAUUGCCACCCGAAGCGUGGCUGCGGUUCUCCGUGUUCAAUUGCUCCGUAUCGUACAUUAUGAUCAAACCCAAUGGCUAUGUGAGUUGUCGCAUGAUUGGAGAUAUCGGGCAUUUGGGAUAUAAAGAGACCACCUUCUCCGGGGCUCAUGGUUUGUUGUGGUCGUAACGAAACGGAACACAAGAGACGUGAGAAGAAGAGAGAAGAGUUGCAAAACAGAAAGAAGAAAAAUGAACAGAAAAAGAUGAGGAAACGGCAGCUUUCUAAUGACUAUGCAUUUAGAGGAUUAAAACCCAUUUUGUACACCAAUGUUAUAGUCCUAUCCACGUGGAUAGUCUGUUGAAGGCCCC